UGUUAGUCGAACCUUAAUAACAUUAAAGUUUUAAAUGAUAUUUAUUUCGCGAAUAUUUCACUAAUCUAAAAUGCUAUCGGUUCCGUACAGAAUCCGGUGCACCGGAGCUGGUAUUCAGUGGGUGAGAACUGUACAGCAGGCCGUUUCAAAUUUUGCUACUGAGGCGGCCAAACCACCCCCAGCCAAAACGAAAUUUGGAAAUUUGAAAGACGAGGAUCGAGUAUUCACUAAUCUAUACGGUCGACACGAUUGGAGGCUUAAGGGCGCUUUAAAAAGGGGUGAUUGGUACAAGACCAAGGAAAUCCUACUGAAAGGGACUGACUGGAUUCAGGGCGAGGUCAAAAAAUCCGGACUGAGAGGUCGAGGUGGUGCCGGCUUCCCCACUGGCAUGAAGUGGAGCUUCAUGAAUAAGCCCAACGAUGGCAGGCCGAGGUAUUUAGUGGUGAAUGGGGACGAGGGUGAGCCAGGGACGUGCAAGGAUCGAGAAAUCCUGCGCCACGACCCUCACAAACUCAUCGAGGGCUGUCUGAUUGCCGGGCGGGCUAUUGGGGCUAGAGCCGCAUACAUAUACAUUAGAGGGGAAUUUUACAAUGAAGCUUCAAACACUCAGCUGGCCAUAAAAGAAGCUUAUGAAGCUGGAUUGAUUGGAAAGAAUGCCUGUGGUUCAGGUUACGAUUUCGAUGUUUACCUGCAUAGAGGUGCUGGUGCCUACGUCUGUGGGGAGGAAACGAGUUUAAUAGAGUCGAUCGAAGGAAAAGCGGGUAAGCCCAGACUGAAACCUCCCUUUCCAGCUGACAUUGGUCUCUUUGGCUGCCCCACAACUGUCAACAAUGUCGAAACCAUUGCUGUGGCCCCAACAAUUUGCAGGAGAGGAGGAGACUGGUUUGCAAGUUUUGGCAGACCUCGGAACAGAGUCUGUGAAACAGUCCUCAUGGACUUCGAUGACCUAACGGCCAACCACUCUGCCUUCGGCACGGCAGCCAUCAUCGUCAUGGACAAGAGGAAUGACGUCAUCAAGUGUAUUGCCAGACUGGCACACUUCUACAAACACGAAAGUUGCGGACAGUGCACUCCAUGCCGGGAGGGAUGCAACUGGAUGAGCAAAGUGAUGGACAGAUUCGUGCUGGGAAAAGCCCGCCCGGAAGAGAUCGACAUGCUGUACGAGAUGAGCAAGCAGAUUGAAGGGCAUACGAUCUGUGCCCUGGCCGAUGGAGCCGCCUGGCCGAUACAGGGCCUGAUAAGACACUACAGACCAGAGAUAGAGGGCAGAAUGAAGGAAUAUGCCGCGAAGCACAAGCAGAUCGAAUAUUACUGAAGAGGAUUUUAACUGGAGUUGCAUUAAAAAUAAUUAAUCUUUUUAUUAGUAAAUUAGUUAAUUAAUUGGUUAAUUAAUAAACAUUUUACAAUAGGAUUUAGUUUUUUGCUUAAUUGAUUGGUGUUUAUAAGAGUGAGAGUGAAGACGAUGAUAAUGAUGGUGAUGAUGGCAUCUCGAAUAAUGGUGUUGUUUUGGUGAAUAAAAUCAUUUUAUUCUAUGAACUGAUUCGGAACCUUUUGGUUUUAUUACGUUUGCAAAUUUGUAUCAAAGGUCUUAUAGGGUGUAGGGAUCGAUUUCGUCUCGUUUGGAACAAGUCGUUUCGUUGUGAUUUCGAAACAGUUUCGGAAUGGAUCCGUUUCUAAAGUUAUUUGGCGAUGUUUGAAAUUGAAAUUAUGGAGUUGGAAACUGAAAUUUUUUUAUUGAAAUUCGGUAGUUUUCCCUAGCGCUGUGCAUUCGUUUUCUGCUUUUUCCUACCAUUUAAUGACGGUAUGAAAUACAACGUUCAAAAGCAAAAUGAAAAGUU